UCCGGGAGGGCGAGCUGGCGGGCUGGCAAGGAGGAGGUGGCGGCGGUGUCGGCCGGGCCCCCUCUCCCGCGGCAAGCCCCACCUUUCGGCUCCCUCGCACCGUCAAUCAAAAUAGCGGGGGGAAACCCCGGAGUGGGCUCAGGCCGCCGCCGCCAACAUCGCCGCCAACCUCCGCGCGCACCUUAAGCAUGUCCCCAGCGGUGACGGCGGCCGCCUAGCCCCAGUGGCGGCGGCGGCGGCGAGCGGGGCCUGCGCGCGAGAGAGAGAGCGAGCCAGCGAGAGCCUCCUUCCUUCCUUCCUUCUCUCCUCCCUUCCUCCCGGCCGGCAGAAGCUCCCGCGGCGGCUGGCUCGCUCCCCCCCGCCCCGCUCUCACACAGCAUGACCGCUCCCGAGAGGCCCGUGAAGCAAGAGGAAAUGGCUGCCUUGGACGUGGACAGCGGCGCCCAGGGCGAGUAUCUGCAGCACGGCAACGGCGCCUCGGCCGACGCCUCUGACGAGGCCGGCGCCCCCCAGGACGCCCAGCCGUCGCCGCUGGCCUUGCUGGCGGCUACCUGCAGCAAGAUCGGGCCGCCGUCGCCGGACGAGGACGACGAGGAGGAGGACGACGACGACGAAGCCUCGCAGCCAGCCGGAGCGACAGGAGAUUUGGCCUCUGUACAGUUAGCAGGAACACCAAAUAGAUGGGAGGUGCUGUCGGCUACACCCACAACCAUCAAAGAUGAAGCUGGCAAUAUAGUACAGAUCCCAGGAACUGCCACAGUAACUUCGAGUGGGCAGUAUGUCCUUCCCCUUCAGAGUCUGCAGAACCAACAGAUAUUUUCUGUUGCCUCUGGGUCGGAUUCAUCUAAUGGUACCGUCUCUAAUGUCCAAUAUCAAGUAAUACCCCAGAUUCAGACGGCUGAUGGUCAGCAGGUUCAGCUUGGUUUUGCAGCCACUUCUGACAAUGGUAGCGUAAAUCAAGAAACUGGUCAAAUUCAAAUCAUUCCUGGCUCCAAUCAAACCAUAAUUGCAUCUGGAACGUCUUCUAGUAACAUUCAGAAUAUUUUAUCACAGACUGGCCAAGUCCAGGGGGUUACAAUUGGAGGCUCAUCUUUUCCAGGGCAAGCACAGGUGGUUGCUAAUGUCCCUCUCGGUCUGCCAGGAAAUAUUGCUUUUGUUCCUAUCAAUAGUGUUGAUCUAGAUUCUCUGGGACUGAGUGGUUCUCAAACCAUGACUGCGGGCAUUAAUGCCGAUGGACACCUGAUAAGCACUGCGCAGGCAAUGGACAGUUCAGACACUUCUGACAGGACUGCAGAACAGGUUUCUCCUGAAAUGACAGAAACCACUGAUACAGACUUAUUUGUGCCAACGUCAUCAUCUUCGCAACUGCCUGUUACCAUAGACGGUAGUAGUAUACUGGAACAAAAUGCAAACAGCUUGCCCACCACCACUGGGCAGGUACACAGUUCUGAUCUUCAGGGAAACUACAUCCAAACAUCUGUCUCAGAUGAGGCGCAGGCUCAAAACAUUCAGGUCUCCGCAGCACAGCCUAUUGUACAGCAUAUACAGCUGCAAGAGUCUCAGCAAACAACCAGUCAAGCCCAAAUCGUACAAGGUAUUGCGCAACAGACAAUCCAUGGUGUGCAAGCCAGCCAAGGGAUAUCUCAGCAGGCGUUGCAGAAUCUUCAGCUUCAGUUGAACCCUGGAACUUUUUUAAUCCAGGCGCAAACAGUGACCCCGUCCGGGCAGAUAACUUGGCAGACGUUUCAAGUGCAAGGAGUCCAGAACUUGCAGAACUUGCAGCUGCAGAAUGCUCCUGGCCAGCAGAUAACGUUGACUCCAGUGCAGACGCUCACUCUGGGUCAAGUUGCAGCAGGUGGGGCUUUGACGUCGACUCCGGUUAGUCUAAGUACUGCUCAGUUGCCAAAUCUACAGACAGUUACGAUAAAUUCCAUAGACUCUGGCGGCAUUCAGCUGCACCCAGGAGAAAACACGGACAGUCCUGCAGACAUUAGGAUUAAAGAAGAGGAGCCUGACCCUGAAGAGUGGCAGCUUGGCGGCGAUUCAACACUGAACACCAAUGACCUGACCCAUUUGCGAGUGCAGGUGGUAGACGAGGAAGGGGACCAGCCGCAUCAAGAAGGGAAAAGAUUGCGAAGAGUUGCUUGUACCUGUCCUAAUUGCAAAGAAGGUGGCGGAAGGGGCACUAAUUUGGGGAAAAAGAAACAGCACAUCUGUCACAUACCAGGUUGUGGGAAAGUGUACGGGAAGACGUCUCACCUGAGAGCUCAUCUCCGCUGGCAUUCUGGAGAGCGUCCGUUCAUUUGCACUUGGAUGUUCUGUGGCAAAAGGUUUACCCGCAGUGACGAACUGCAGCGACACAGGAGAACGCAUACAGGGGAAAAGAAGUUUGUCUGCCCGGAAUGCUCAAAACGCUUCAUGAGAAGUGACCACCUUGCCAAACACAUUAAAACGCAUCAAAAUAAAAAGGCUAUUCAUGCCAGCAGCACAGUGCUAGCAUCGGUAGAAGCAACACCAGAGGAUACUUUGAUUACUGCAGGUGGAACAACACUUAUCCUUGCUAAUAUCCAACAAGGGUCUGUUUCAGGGAUAGGAACUGUCAAUACAUCUGGCACCAGCAAUCAAGAUAUUCUUACCAAUGCUGAAAUACCUUUACAGCUUGUUACUGUUUCUGGAAACGAGACAAUGGAAUAAAUAUUACACAAGAUACCUAUUAAUUGUGGUUAUUUUUAUACAGUAGUGAGAAGAAUAUUGUUCCUAAGUUCUUAGAUAUCUUUUUAUUGAUGUGCAAAAUUUUUGGAUUGACAGUAACUUGGUUAUACACGACACUGAAAUGCCUUACUUUGUAUGAUAUUCCAUAGUAUAUUAAAAUGGUAAAAUUGCAUGGGUUUUGUAGGUACUUUUGGAAUCUAGGAGAGAUUAAAUUUUACCAACUUGUAUAAAAAAAUUAACGAUGGAAAUGGUAGUCUAAUCAAAUGCAUCAAUCCUUUGUGGUUUAGUGUAAAAAUGAGAACAUGUUGGUAUUUAUCUAUUGUAAGAUAAAAAGUUGAUUGGUGAAAAGAAAUCAUGUUAUGAUAAAAGAAAUUUUGUAAUUUUCUUGAUGACUGGAAUUUUUAUUAUGCAUAACUGACAAAUCAAGUUUCCAGGCAAAUGUUACAUAGUGUAGGCUUUACUUAGCUCAUCAAGUUGUCAUUUUGAAGCUAAUUAUUUUAAUUAGGUUAACUAUGUACAAUAUUUUAAGCAUUACUCUUGUAAGAUUUUGAAAAUUACAUUUUAACAUGGAAUAGGGAUAGUUUAAAUCCUGUCGAAAAAGCCAUGUUUAAGGUUUAAUUUUGCCAAAAUAAUGUCUUGUUAAUAUACUUUCAAUAAUCAAUUUGGACAAUAUAACCAAUGUUUUAAAAUAUUCAGAGGCUUAGAAAAAUAGGUUGCAGCAUUUUGGGUGGUAAAACAGAUAUUAUUAAGAAAGAUCCCUUUUCUUUAAUAUUGGAGGACCAAAAACCAAGGGAUGUUCAUUUCAGCAGUGGUUUUAUCUUGUCUCCAAAAAUAUGUCAGGACCUUAAAAGCCAUCAUGUAAAUUACCAGUUAAAACAUAUGCAAAUGAUGGAAAACCAGUUCCAUAGGGACAGUACUUCAAACCACAUUAAUAUUAGUCAUAGAGAAACAAUAAUAAUUUUGCAAGGCUUUCUUCUGUUAAUCUUUUGGUUAGUUGAUUUGCAUUUAAAUGUCCACAUCUUUCCUUUAUGCUUUUCCUCUUAAAUUGUAUGUAUCCAGUACAUUUAACUGAUAAACAUAUAUGUUUUUUAUUAAGCUGAAUUCUUUUUUAUUUUUUAAUUACUGUUUAUAUUUUCAAUUAUAGAAACAUGUACAAACUUAAUUUGCAUAGCCGGUCUGUAAGUGCUCUACCAUUUUACAAAAAAAAAAAAAGUACAAUAAUUACAGCAGUUCACCUAUUUACAAACUUUUGGAAAUCUGUUCAUUUGUUCUUAAAACCACCUCAAAUUUAAAGGCUACCUUAUUGUACGUUUAAAGUGUAUUAUAACAGUGUGGUAGUUAAUAAAACACUAUUUUUUUUCCCUUUUGA